ACAACACACAACAGAACACACUCACACUGUGUCAUAACCAUUUUUGUAUAACACGCAAAUUGGAAAUUGUUGCAACCCAUUCUCUAACAUUGAUAAUUACAACAAACUUGUUCCAUACCCAAACCUUCUUCUUCUUCGCUUGAUGAGGUUCUUCGUUUCUUGCUUCGGCGGCGCCGGCGACCCCACCGGCUCCACGAAGCCCCUCGUUCCGCCGCCUUCGCAGACUCUCCGCCGCAACAAGUCCCACUGGAGGCCCGCCCUGGGAUCCAUUUCCGAGGACACCGCGCCGCCACACAGAGAGAGGACCGCGGCGGCCUCCGCCGGAGAUGGCAAGAGGAAAGAGAACACCGCCGCUACCGCCACCACAAAGGCUCGCCGCCGCCAGUACAGCGACGAUUACGACUACGGGCCUAGGCGAGUCGCCAUGCCCUCGGUUAUGCCAGCAUUCUCUCCGACGCCAUUCAUGUUCUGAACAUUACAAUCGUAUUCAUUAAAUAACAUGUGUACAUAUUCAUAUAUGUUUCUUUUCUAUCAGUAUAUUGAUAUAUACAUAUAUAUAUAUAUAUAUAUAUAUAUAUAUAUGGUUUAGGACAAAAUAACAAAUUUGUAAAGGUUUAUCAUGGGUGGCUGCUGUGAAUGGAUUACAGGCCUCAUAAUUGAAUGCCUUAUGGCCUUAUGGACUAA